AUCAUGCGUUUCAUAAUUUGGUAAUUUUUAAAAAUCUGAUCUCUUUCUUUUAUUUCUUUCUGAGCUUUUGAGAGAAUAAAAAAUGGAAUCUGGUUUCUCCGGCGGCGGUGGUGGGUCGGAUUUUUACGGUGGUGGUGGUGGUAGAUAUAUACCUGGAGGUCCCGGAACUGUAAUCAACGUUGGUAAUAAUAAUCCUCAACCGACGUAUAGAAACCAGAUUCCUGGAAUCUUCCUUGAUCAGAUCGGAAACAGAGUCGCCGCCGGUAAUGGAUUCGCCGGAAAACGUACUUUAGCAGAUUUUCAAGCGGCUCAGCAAUAUCAACAGCAACAGCAACAGCAACAACAACAACCUUUUUAUAAUCAAGCAGCUCUCAACGCUUUUCUUUUAAGGUCCGUGAAGCCUAGAAAUUAUCAGAAUUUUCAAUCUCCGUCGCCGAUGAUCGAUCUCACGUCGGUGAAUGAUAUGAGUUUGUUUGGUGGUUCUGGUUCUUCUCAACGUUACGGUUCACCGGUUUUCAAGUCUCAGACGCAGCAGCAGCAAUCGAAUUUCGGUUUAUUAGGUGGGAUCCGAAUGGGAUACGGGUCAGGUAAUAAUAACAACAUGACGUUAACCGGCGUUCCUUGUAUUGAACCAGUUCAACAGAACCGGGUUCAUGAAUCGGAGAACAUGUUGAAUAGUUUAAGAGAGCUAGAGAAACAGCUUUUAGAUGAUGACGAUGAGAGUGGUGGUGAUGAUGACGUGUCAGUUAUCACAAAUUCAAAUUCCGAUUGGAUUCAAAAUCUCGUGACUCCGAACCCGAACCCGGUUUUGUCUUUUUCACCGAGUUCUUCUUCUUCGUCUUCUUCGCCGUCUACAGCUUCGACGACGACAUCGGUAUGUUCAAGGCAAACGGUUAUGGAAAUCGCGACGGCGAUCGCGGAAGGGAAAACGGAGAUAGCGACGGAGAUUUUGGCGCGUGUUUCUCAGUCGCCGAAUGUUGAGAGGAAUUCAGAGGAGAAGCUGGUUGAGUUCAUGGUGACGGCGCUACGAUCGCGGAUUAAUCCGGCUGAGAGUCUAGCUUCUCCGGCGACGGAAUUAUAUGGGAAAGAGCAUUUAAUCUCGGCUCAAUUGCUCAACGAGCUCUCUCCUUGUUUCAAACUCGGUUUCACGGCGGCGAAUCUCGCCAUUCUCAACGCCGCCGGUAACAACGACGAAGGGAUGAUGAUGUUGCACGUUAUCGAUUUCGAUAUCGGAGAAGGUGGACAAUACGUUAACCUUCUCCAAACACUCUCCACGCGCCGGAAUGGUAAGAAUCAGAAUUCUCCGGUGGUUAAGAUCACAGCCGUGACGAAUAACGUCUACGGAUUUUUAGUCGAUGACGGUGGAGAAGAGAGGUUGAAAGCCGUCGGAGAUCUGUUGAGCCAACUCGGUGAUCGACUCGGUAUCUCCGUGAGUUUCAACGUGGUGGCGAGUUUACGACUCGGUGAUUUGAGUCGUGAAUCGCUCGGAUGUGAUCCCGACGAGCCGGUGGCCGUGAACUUAGCUUUCAAGCUUUAUCGUGUUCCCGACGAAAGCGUAUGCACGGAGAAUCCGAGAGACGAGCUUCUCCGGCGCGUGAAGGGACUUAAGCCGCGCGUGGUGACUUUAGUGGAACAAGAAAUGAAUUCUAAUACGGCACCGUUUUUAGGGCGAGUGAGUGAGUCAUGCGCGUGUUACGGUGCAUUGCUUGACUCGGUCGAGUCGACCGUUCCUAGUUCGAAUUCGGACCGUGUCAAAGUCGAGGAAGGAAUUGGCCGAAAGCUAAUAAACGCGGUGGCGUGUGAAGGAAUCAAUCGGAUUGAGCGGUGCGAGGUGUUCGGGAAAUGGCGAAUGCGGAUGAGCAUGGCUGGGUUCGAGUUAAUGCCAUUGAGUGAGAAGAUAGCUGAUCGACUCAAUAACGGAAACCUAGCUCACCCGGGCUUUACCGUUAAAGAAGAUAACGGAGGUGUGUGCUUUGGUUGGAUGGGACGGACACUCGCUGUCGCAUCCGCUUGGCGUUAAUUUCACACUCUCUUUUUUUUUUUUU